AUGGCAAACUAUCACGCAAUGAUCAACAAACGCUACGAGGCGAUUUGCGAGACACUCGAAGGUCCGAGGCGGCUAACAUUCCAGAUUAGCCACACCGCUCAAUAUUAUGCUCAAAAUGUGCAUCGAGAGGAAUCGAAUGCGGAAAAGAAGCGAUUGAUGAGGGAUCUAUCGAAGAAGCUGUACGAAUUCGUGAGGGGCAGCGAACGUUGGACCGAAAAGAAGUGUUGGAAGUUUCUCAAGAAGUUCGUGGAUCUCGAGCAGAAGAUUGACGAUUGCUCGGCGUCGGAGAAGAUCGUUCGACGCCGACAACUCAUGGUGGAUAUUGCGUUGAAUAAAAAGAACGCCGGAUUCAUUUCGUCGGAUGAUGACUCGGUGAUUGAUGAAGUCUCCGACGAGUCAUCUGACGUCGAGUUCGAUGAAAGCGAUAAAGAGAAUAUUGAUUCGGUUACAAAGAAAAUUGAACCAUUGAAGUUAAAUGAAGAAUAUUCAGAAUCUGAAGAAUAUUCAAUCAUGAGUGAUUCCGAAAUGAACAAUCAAAAAUGCGAAUAA